GAUUCCUUGAUUUGCGAUAGUAGCAGCACAAAGUAGCAAAAAUGCUAAGGCGCGUUAUCGUAAAUCUGCGAUUUAGCAAGGCCAGUGGGGCAGAGAAAGCAUUGAAAGAGUCAAGUUCAAGCGAUGGCGGUACCCGGGCGCAAAAGGGAAGACUGUUGAAUCGUCCCCAAAUGGAGAAGAUUCGCACACUUCCUCCGCCUGGAGAGGUCAAGAUAGCAAAAGCUCUCGACGCCACGCCUGCUCUUCCACCAGCAAGCGCGCAAAGAACUAUGGGGCUUCCCUCUCAGGCGGCCACUGCAGAAGACAAUAGGAGGCUUGGUGCACAAGUGCUCCGAGUGGUUAACGGUGGGGUGGCCACCACAGGGCUCCCGCGACCCCCGGGCAAGUCCCGAUUUCCGAUUUCGAGGAAGAAGGCAAAGGCCACAGACGCCAAGUCUACUCUCCCAGACAUCAGAGAUACUAAGGACAAUGCUCUCGUGAACCAGCGUACGACGGACCUACCCAAUGUCCGUGAUCUCUACACGAACAAGAAAGACAACGCGGUUCCUGCAGCAAGCGAGUGCGCUAGUGCGACCACAUCCAUCACCGAGUCGCACCAGGCUAUGACCGCCAUGCAAAGCGAGGAGGAGCCUGGGGCUUCUAUGGGGAACAGGAUAGAAAUCCUGAAAGCCAAAGAGCUGAAGCAAAUGAAAAGAGCGGGGUUAACCCCUGUUAGACCCCCACCCCACCUGAACACCAUGGAGGACGAUGAUGGUCACAAGGCUCGGAUGAACAAGCUGAAAAAAGCUCGUAUUCGCCUUGCCAAGAACCACAAGGUCAACCCUGAGGUGAGCAAGCCUUUUCUGAAGUCACUACCAGAUGCAACUCCAGGGGCGGUUUGGUGCGAAAACUACGCGGUUCUUCCUCCAAUUGAAUCCUCUCCACCCAGAACGGGAAUAUACUCCCGCCACCUCCAGCCCACCCCUCCUCAACGGGGUACCCUCUUAAUGGAAGACGUGGACACCGACGAGUAGGGUUCAUGAUAUGUGAUAAGUCUUGGAGAACUUGAUUUGAGUAGAGAACGCACGGUGUUUCUGGCGCAUCGCCCUAUAUGCAGAUCAAGCAGCGACUGGUGACUUCGCCACUCGUGCUGUGAAAUGGGGUGUUGUCCCGUUAGACACAUCUAGACGGUGCAGUCUCCGCGAAAGAUUGAGGUGAGGCGCCCAUGACCAGUGAUAAUCUUCUCUCUCUAUGUGAUUCAUGAAGGUGUUAUUUGCUCGUGGGUAAACGCUAUCUGUGGCAGUAUAAGGCGGGUACUCACUUGCCACAGUACAAGGCGUGCGAGGAGCUCAUAUUAAUCGUACGGCACGUAGUCAUCCCCGUUGAUCUUGAGCGCCCCGUCUUGUACCGUCGCUGUGAGUUCCUCUGUUGAUCGUACGGCAUGUAGUCAUCCCCGUUGAUCACGAGGGCUUCGCAUUAUUAUGUCACAGGGAACGUUUUAUCAUCUAGCAAUUAUGCCAGCGAAUUUGAUGGGAAAAGGUCUUAAUCGCUGGCCAUGCGUGCCUCAUCUCCCUCUGUCAGCGAGCACAACGCCUUGAUGUGUCUUAUGGAAACAACCACCAUUUUACAACCAUGUAUCCAAGUCACAAGUUGGACUCGUGACCUGCUUCUGGCGAAGCAAGACGAGCGAUUGGGCCCCGAAUGACUACUUUAUUUGUUUAUCGAAGCUUUUGUUUUUUCAUCACCUUUAUAUGAAACUUAACUUACUUCUCUGUCUGCUGUAAAUUUGAUAUUAAAAAAAUAUUAAAUAUUAAAAACAUACUCCAACUA